CCCAGGUUCAAUUCUCAGCCUUCAGCUGACUGUCUGUGUGGAGUUUGCACAUUCUCGCCGUGUCUCUGUGGAUUUCCUCCCACAGUCCAAAGAUUUGCAGGAUGCGUCUAGUUAAGAAGAUUUUCUACUGCCUGAUCCUGGUGCCUCCUGUCUGUAUCGUAUUGUACUGCUUCCUUCAUUACCCUGAGAAUACUGUGGAUAUCAAGUACAAAGGAAGGAGCAGUCCACACAACUCACCUGGAUAUGAAUUGUGGUCACUUAGAGAACAAUACCCUCAUAUAUCUUAUAAAAAGAAAGAGAAUAUUGCCAGCCAGCUCGCAAGUAAUGAUUGCAGCUGUGAAGAACAGAGGUCUUUGUUUAGCAACUUCCUCAGGCGAGACUCUGUCACCGACUUGGAGCUGGUCUUCGAUGCAGCCGAACGCCAAGAGGUCAAACAAAGGCGGGAAAAGGAGUAUCAACGUUUUCGAGAGAGGACCAGGUCUUCUGCAGAUGCAUUGCUUUUUGCCAAAGCAAAUUCUCCCUUGGAAUAUCCCAUUCAAGGUGUUGAAGUGAGACCUCUGAAAACCAUCUUAAUUCCAGGUUUGAAGCUGCAAGCUGAACCUCAGCAACGUUUUGAGGUCAACCUGACAGCAACGUUGGGAACCUUCGAUGUGGCUGCUGAGGUUGAUGAGGUGACGAUCGAAGGUGAAGGGGCGAUGCACAUGUCUCUGUCGAGCUCUCAACUGGACAACCUGAACCGUCAACUGCAGUUUGUCACCUACAGCAACACUGUCUUCAACCCCAACACAGCCGACACAGUGUUGUUCAAGACUGAUGGACAUCAGGCUGCAUUCACCAUCAAGAUUCGACAUCCCAUCAUACCCAAGCUUUAUAAUGUUAAAAGCCAGUCAGGCUAUAACAUCAGUGCCUUGGUGACUAUAGCAACCAAAACAUUUCUGAGGUAUGACAAGCUGAGGGAGCUGAUCUCGAGCGUUAGGAAAUAUUACCCCAAUGUCACCAUUGUCAUCGCGGAUGACAGCGACAAACCACAAAAGAUUGAAGGAGACUUCAUUGAGCAGUACUUCAUGCCAUUUAAGAAGGGUUGGUUCGCUGGACGUAACUUGGCAGUCUCCCAGGUGAGAACAAAAUAUCUGCUCUGGGUCGACGACGACUUCAUCUUCGCUGCAGAUACCAAGCUGGAGAAAAUGGUGGACAUCCUCGAGAAAACAACACUGGAUAUAGUCGGAGGCUCAGUGCGAGAGGUGACAACCUACUCGGCCACGUUUCUGCACAAACUCAGUGUGGAAGCAGGCAGAGAGGGGGGAGACUGCCUUAAAAUUCACCAGGGAUACUACCAUGCCGUGGAAGGCUUCCCUAACUGCGUCGUCACGGAUGCCAUCAUCAACUUCUUCAUGGCCAGAACAGAAAAGAUGCAGCAAGUCGGGUUUGAUCCACAUUUAUCGAGGCAGGGACAUUUAGAAUUCUUUGUGGACGGUUUGGGCCUAUUGCAUGUUGGCUCCUGCAGUGACGUCAUGAUCGAUCAUGCCUCGAAAAUCACCUUGCCUUGGACCAAGAAAACUCAAAAUGAGAUACUUUACCAAAAAUUGCGUUACAUUCAGGCUUCAGAGACAGACAGCAACUUGCAAAACAAACUUUUUUAUUUCAAAAACCGAUUUAAAUGCAUUAGGAGCAGCUGAGGUGCUGCCAGUCUGACUGUGUUUUUAAAUUCAAAUGUCUUGAAUACUCAGGUCUGCAACAAUAGGUUUACCUCAGUUCUACUUAAGACCUGCACCUCAGAUUCUGAAAUCAGUCUUUCUUCAAAAAUUGUGGAACUCCUCGACUUUACUUAAGAUCACCGACAAACUGUUGCUUCGAGAUGGAUCUUGUCUCCAAACUCUCUCCAAACUGGACCGUGUCCUGCAACUUUGGGCCCUGGAUUCCAACUUCUCCGCUUCUGUCAAACAUAGUUAUCUACAGCAAUAAUUGGAAAAGCUCAGCAGGUCUGGCCGCAAUGUUUUCCACUUUAAAUCUGAUUUCCCUCCACGGAUGCUGCCAGACCUGCUGAGCUCUUCCAGCUAUUAUUGUUUCUGACUUCCAGCAUCUACAAUUCUUUCAGUCUUUAUUUAAGUAAUUAUCUCUUACACUUUGAGUGCAAUCAAAAUGUAUUCCUUUCUAGACCUGUGAUAGGAUGUUUUGUUUUAUUACAAUGAGUACAUUCAAAGAAAUUUAAGCAACAUGUGAAAACAAACGCUAUCUUAUUGCACAAUCUUGUGAUGGCUAGCAUGAGGGGACAUAGCUUUAAAUUGAGGGGUGAUACAUUAUAGGUUCUUUACUCAGAGACUAGUAAGGGCGUGGAAUGUCCUGCCUGCAACAGUAGUAGACUCACCAAGUUUAAGGGCAUUUAAAUGGUCAUUGACAAUCGAUAAUAAUGGAAUAGUGUAGGUUAGAUGGGCUUCAGAUUGGUUUCACAGGUCGGUGUAACAUCGAGGACCAAAAGCCCUGAACUGCAUUGUAAUGUUCAAUGUUCUAAACCUCAGACUAUUUUAAUAACUAAUCCUAGUGGUUUUGUGCUGACACACAGAAUUCCUUCAGCUGUGUUUCUUAAGAAAGUUACCAGCCUGAUGACAAUUUCUCAAGGGCACCAGCUAACAGGAUAGCCAGCUGAGUUUUAUGCUGACGGGCAUAGGGUGGGUCUGGGCAGGAUGCCCUUCAGAGGGUCAGUGCAGACUCGAUGAAGACCUCUUUCUGCCCUGUACUUAAGGCAGCCAUUAUGCGCUGUGGUUCAGCUGGCUAGUGCUAUUCAUCCACACACUGGCAAACAGUGCCAGCUCUCGCAGGCUGCUAGUGCCCAUCCCCUCUGCCCUAUCAGGCUUGCCAGCAACCGCAUUUCCCCACAAACACUCGCAGGUCACCCUCUGUCAAAGUGUCCCUCAAUUUUAGUCCCCGAUAAUGCCCUGACUUCACCUCUUUAAGCCUCCUACUCCCGCCAGCGAAAUUCCAACACCUGGUCCCUCGUCACAAAGAUUGAAGGAGAAAAGAAAUUACUUUUUUUUUCCUCAUUCCUCGCUGACCCCUAGGAGGAACAGGAAGUAAAAGCAGCAAUUAAAAACAGGAAGUGCUGGUGAAACUCAGCGGUUUCUAUCUGUGGAUAGAAAUUCAGCCUUAAAGUUUCAAGCCCAGUAUAAGGAGAAGUGGAAGAGUGAUGGGCUAUGUGCUGUUAAAAGGGGUGAAAAGAAUAGGAGGGCAGGUCAGGGAAAGGCGAAAAGAGAUUGGCAAUCAAAUUUGUCAUCAAGCGUAAGACAUGGGCAAGAUUUUUACACUUAAUGGUAGGGCUGUCGAACAGAGAGACCUAGGGGUGCAGGUACAUAAUUCUUUGAAGUUUGCGUUACAUAUAGACAGGGCGGUUAAGAAGGCUUUUAGCAUGUUUGCCUUUGAGUAGAAGAGUUGGGGCGUCAUGUUGACGUUGUACAGGACAUUGGUGAGGUCCCUUCUGGAAUAGUGUGUCCAGUUGUGGUUGCCCUGUUAUUGGAAGGAUAUUAUUAUUAAGCUGGAGAUGGUUCAGUAGAGAUUUACCAGGAUGUUGCCGGGAAUUGAGUUAUAAGGAGAGGCUGGAUAGGCUGGGACUUUUUUCACUGGAGUGUUAGAAGUCAAGAGGUGACCUUUUAGAGGUUUAUAAAAUAAUGAGGGGUAUAGAUAAGGUGAAUGGCAGGUUUUUUUGCCUACGAUGGGGGACUUCAAGACCAGGGGCACAUGUUUAAGGUGAGAGGAGAAAGAUUUAGAAAAGACAUGAAGGGUAAUGUUUUACACAUAGAGUGGUUUAUGUGUGGAGUGAACUUCCUGAGGAAGUGGUGGAUGUACAGUUACAACAUUUCAAAGACAUUUAGAUAAAUACAUGAUUAGGAAAGGUUUGGAGGGAUAUGGGCCAGGAGCAGGCAGGUGGGACUGGGUUAGUUUGGGAUUUUGUUCAGCAUGGACUGGUUGGGCCGAAGGGUCUAUUUCCAUGCUGUGUGACUGUAUGACAGAGUAAAGAUGAGUUCUGACUGAAAGCAGAAAGGGGCAUAAGUAUCAAAAUGGAAAACAACGUUCUGGGCCUGAAGUUGUUGACCUCAAUGUUGAGUCCUGAAAGCUGUAACAUGCCUGAGAGAAAGAGGAGGUGCUGGUCAUUAAAUUUGUGUUGAACUUCAUUGGAACACCGUAGUAGGCCAGUUGGAAAUGUUAGCCCUGAGAUAGCAAGGUGGGCUAUGGAAAUAACAAACAGUUGGGAGGUCCCGGUCACUCCUACAGACUGAGCGGAGGUGUUCUACAAAAUAGUCACCUAGUAUCACAUUUGUAAAGGAGACAACAUUGAGAGCAGCAAAUUCCGUAGACUCGACUGAAGGGAGUAUAAGUGAAUUUCUGCUGUGUUUGGGGCAAGUGUUACACCUUUUGUGAUUCUAUGGGGAGGUGCUACAGAAGGGGAAGGGAAGGCUUGGGGUGAUCAAGGACUGGGUCAGAGUGUUGCAGAGAAAAUGGCCCCUACAAAAUGGUGAGAGGGAAGGGGAGGCAAAGAUGUGUUUGGAAGUGGCAGAAAUGGCAGCGGACGACUGUUUGAACAGAGAUUGAUGGCAGGAAAGUAAGGACGUCUGGGUGAGGGCCAAAGACCAGGAGAUGGCUCAGAUAUUGCUGACGGCGCUGCCCACCGCAGUGGGGGUGGUGCUCCUCAGUCGAGAGGCAAAAAGUGGACAUGGCAGAAACACUGGUGAAAGGUGGCAUCAUUGAAAGAGACACAAACAGAGACGGAGAAACUGGGAAAUGGAUUUGAGUCCUUUCAGCAAGCAGGCUGUGAAGUAGUGUCAACAAAGUAUCUAUGGGAGUGAGAGGGUUUAUAAAGAAUAUUAGUAAAUGGUAGAUACCGAUUGGAUUAGUUUCUUGCAUGGGUUCUUUGCGUCUUCGUACAAACUCAGGUUAGACUCCUUAAAACCAGUUAAAUGGUAUCUAUUAUUACAGCGUACAUGACAAAGAGAAACAUAGAAAAUGGGAAUAGGAGUGGGCCUCUUGGCCCUUUGGGCCUCCUCCUCCGUUCAGUAUGAUCAUGGCUGAUCAUCCAACUCAGUCCCCUGUCCCCACUUUCUUCCCUCAUACCCUUUCAUCCCUUUAACCUUAAGAACUAUAUUGACUUCCUUGUAAACAUUCAAUGUUUUGGCCGCAACCACUUUCUGAGGCAGAGAAUUUCACAGGCUCCCCCCUCUCUGGGUGAAGACAUUUCACCUCUCAUUCCGAAACGGCCUACCCCAUAACUGUGACCCCUGGGACUGGACUCUUCUGCCCAGGGUCAUUGGGACCAUCCUUCCCGUGUUUACCUGUUUAGCCCUGUUAGAGUUUUAUAGGUUUCUAUGAGUUCUCCUCCUCAUUCUUCAAAACUGCAGUGAAUAUAAUCCCAACCCAUCCAAUCUGUCUUCAUACUAUGGUCCAGGAAUCAGUCUGGGGAACCUUUGCUGCAGUUGCUCCAUUGCCAGAACAUUCUUUCUCAGAUAUUCUGCAGCACUGUGUGCAGUUCUGGUCGCCCUGUUAUAGAAAGGAUAUUAUUAAGCUGGAGAGGGUUCAUGGGAGGGUGUUGCUGGAAAUGGAGGGUUUGAGUUAUAAGGAGAGGCUGGAUAAGCUGGAACUUUUGUCGCUGGCGAUCAGGAAGUUGAGGAGAGACCUAAUUGAGGUUUAUAAAACCAUGAGGGGUAUAGAUAAGAUGGAUGGUAGGUGUCUUUUCCCGAGGGUGGGGUGGGAGGGGGUUUCAAGAAUAGGGGGCAUAUUUUUAAGGUGAGAGGAGAGAGAUUUUAAACAAAAUACGAGGGGCAAAUUUUUUUUACACAGAGUAGCUCGCGUGUGGAAUGAGCUUCCGGAGGAAGUGCUGGAUGUGGGUACAGUUACAAUGUUUAAAAGGCAUUUGGAUAAGUACAUGAACAGGAAAGGUUUGGAGGGUUAUGGGCUGCGGGGGGCUAGUUUAGUUUGGGAUUAGGGUUGGCAUAGGCUGGUUGGACCAAAGAGACUCUUUCCGUGCUGUCUGAAUUUACAGUGACCUUCAGAGGCUCAGUUACAUAUUAAGCCCUUUCACAACACUCCGCUGACCUUUCCAGUGUCCUAAAAAUACUCUCUUAAUAUUAAUAGUUGAAAUGUUUAACCUAAGUAUUUGUCUUAAGAGGGAAAGCAGUUCCACUCCAACUAAUUUUUCAUCUCUCAUCUCUAUCCUUCCCAACCCCCUGUUCCACAGCUAAAAGUCAUUGUGCACAAGUUCAACAGCUGUCAAGACUUUUCAUAAAAUCCCUACAGUGUGGAAACAGGCCAAGUGGCCCAUCAAGUCCACACCAACCUGCUGAAGAGCAUCCCACCAGAUCUAUCCCCAUCCCCUUACCCUAUCCCUAUAACCCCACAAGUCCCCUGGCUAAUCCACUUAGCCUGCACAUCUGUGGACAAUUUCCCAUGGCCAAUCCACCCUAACCUGCACAUCUUUGGACGUGGGAGGAAACCAGAGGAAACCCACGCAGACACAGGGAGAAUGUGCAAACUCCACACAGUCACCCGAGGCUGGAAUUGAACAUGGGUCCCCGGCACUGUGAGGCAGCAGUGCUAACCAGUGAGCCACCAUGGUGCUCCAAUUCUUGGUUCUAACUGAGCAGACCACUCUAAACGGUGUAGGAUAGCAGGAUGGCUGAUCUGAAACUGUACUUCCAGCAGCAGAACCUGAAAGACUUGGGGAGGCAAUGGCCUAGUGGUAUUAUGGCUGGGCUGUUAAUCCAGAAACCCAGAUAAUGUUCUGGGGACCCAGGUCCCAAUCCCAUCACGGCACAUGGUAGAAUUUGAAUUCAAUAAAUAUCUGGAAUUAACAAUCUAAUGAUGACUAUGAAUCCAUUGUUAAUUGUCAGGAAAAACCAAGGUAAAAUAAGAAUAAAACAGGAAAGAUUGUUCUGUAUCGCAAAACCAAGUGGUCAUGAAUAGAAGCAAAAGUAGAAAUUUGCUGGAGAAGCUCAGCAGGUCUGGCAGCAUCUGUGGACAGAGAGAUAAGAGUUAAGGCUUCAAGUCCAGUGAUCUGUCAUCAGAAAAGAAAAAUAAAUGUUGAAUUCACAUCCAUUUUACAUCUGUUUUUCUCCUUCACCUCCAUAAACUUCCUUUCGCACUGGGCCUCUAUAAUAUCUGCCCUCGUGAUCCUCCCCUGCAUCUGUCAAAAGUAUAAGAGAAGUACUUUUCUGUACUGAGGAAGAGUCAUGCUGGUCUCAACAGAUUACUGGAAACAGGAGUCUCUGCAUAUGCAGGAAAGUUCUUCAGCAGUGUUGAAACGGCUAGAGAUUGACACAAUCAGAUGUGAAAUUUUCUGAUGAAAAGUUUAGGUCCGAAGCAUCAGCUUUCCUGCUCCUAAGAUACUGCUUGGCCUGCUGUGUCCAUCCAGCCCUACACUUUGUUAUCUCGUGAAAGUUGACAUCCUUGUUCUCUCAUUUUGAUCCAAUCUUCACUUCUGAUUGCAAAUCAUCCAGUGAAAGCAGCCAUCACUGAAGAGAUCUUGGCUGAUUCUUCAUGAUCCUUGGGGGAAUCGUUUGAAGAAGUGAAUCACUAUUCUUCCUGAUGAGCCCCCUCCCACACCAUCUCUGUAUCCUAAACUUGAACAGACAGCAAAAGAAUCUCUGGCUCUCACCAUCCUUCUGUAGCAAUGGAAUAACGAGAGUUCUCAGCACUUCACCAGCCUUUCACUCAGACCCUUUCCACACCAGAGCAUAUUGUGAAACAGGUAAAAUUAAACGACAUCCAAUUCAGCGAAAGCGAUACCCUCUUGCUAGCUGCUCAUUUCUCUUCAUCCUGACACUGCAGCCACCUGCCUGCUCAGUGUGCUUUCAAUCGGGGUUAGCUUGCUUUGCAACUCAGCAUAGGUACCAACACCACGGGUUCAAUUCCCACACCCAGCUAAGGUUAGCACGAAGGACUCUCCUUCUCAACCUUGUACCGAGGCAUGGAGAGCCUCUGCUGAAUGAGGGAGUAGGACCAUUGUAUGAUUUUUUUUUUCCUUUAUUCAUUCACGGGAUGAGGGCGUCACUGGCUUGGCCAGUAUUUAUUGCCCAGAGGGCAGUUCAGAGUCAACCACUCUUGGCUGUGGGCCUGGAUUCACAUGUAGACCAGACCAGAUAAGGAUGGCAGUUUCCUUCCCUGAAGGACAUUAGUGAACCAGGUGGGUUUCUCCGACAAUCAACAAUGCAUUUUUGAGUAACUUGCUCAGCCAUUUCAGAGAACAGUUAAGAGUUAGCUGUAUUGGCUAGAGGGGUCUGGAGUCACGUGUAGACCAUAGUGGACAAAGAUGACAGAUUUUUAUCCUAGAUGCAUUUCUCCAACCAUUGAUGAUUGCGACCAUGCUGCUGAGUAGCUUUAUGUCCCAGAUUAUGCAGAAUGUAAAUUUAGAUAAUUUUUAUUUUUUGUUUAGAAACAAGCCACAUUCAAACUGUUGAACUCUCCUUUUACUGAGCCCCUGUUAAAGCCAGUUGAAGCUUGAGCUGGGUUCUAUGGUAGAAGUAGCCUUUUGUGUUACGGUUAUUGCAACCAUGAUAAGUCCCAACUCCGUUGCUGUUGAAAAAUAUAUUUUAAGGUUGCAAAAAUAAUGACAGAAAGCAGAGUUUUGGCUUGCAGCGGUUUAGAAGCAGAGGGAGAAUGGAAUGUUAUUUUAAUAUGCAAAACCCAAAAUUGUAAUACCCUCGAGGAACAAAUAAAAUGGUGAA